GAACGGUGCUGUGUUGCUCUUGACCUCACGCCUGACAGAUCCGCAGCAGUCCAAAGUCGCCGCUGCGGUUUUGGGAGACUACUUUUCAACCUUGUCGUCGCCUUCGUCUCCGACGCCGGGGGACCACAUGCUUGCCGACUCCCUUGCAAACCCGGCUGACAUCUUCAUGCAGUACGUGCCCGGCAACCUCGAAGUUCGCGUGGGGCAACUUGUGGAGAUGAGGCCCUCCUCUGCCGCUCACCUCCAGGGCUACCGUUUCUCCGUGGCUCCGAGGCUUCCUCCCGGAGUAACUUUGGACGAGCGAUCUGGCCUGGUGUAUGGCAAGCCUGAGGAGGCUACCCCGGAGCAAGUCAACUACUUCGUGACAGCUUGGAACCUUGAUCAUUCCCCAAUGAGAAUGCGACAGGCGCUGAUCAAACUCACAAUCAACAGUGAGAGCGAAGCCCAGCGCGACUUGUAA